UUUGAUAGUCAGUUAUAUAUUGACUUUCGCAGAGAAAGGGUGGAUUUAAAAAAAAGAAAAGGUGCACUACUUCGACUAUGUUUUCGCUGAUUUUAUUGGCCGUAACGCUAUUGACUUUGGCGUGGUUCUAUCUGAAGCGCCACUAUGAGUACUGGGAGCGACGCGGAUUUCCAUUUGAAAAACACUCCGGGAUUCCAUUCGGUUGCUUGGACAGUGUGUGGCGGCAGGAGAAGAGCAUGGGCUUGGCCAUCUACGAUGUGUAUGUGAAGAGUAAAGAGCGCGUCUUGGGCAUUUAUUUGCUCUUCCGUCCGGCUGUUUUGAUCAGAGACGCCGAUCUGGCUCGCCGUGUUCUGGCCCAGGAUUUCGCCAGUUUCCACGAUCGCGGCGUUUACGUUGAUGAGGAACGGGAUCCCCUGUCGGCCAAUAUCUUCUCGCUUCGCGGUCAGAGCUGGCGAUCGAUGAGGCACAUGUUGUCGCCAUGUUUCACAUCCGGAAAGUUGAAGAGCAUGUUCAGCACAUCCGAGGAUAUUGGUGACAAGAUGGUGGCCCAUCUGCAAAAGGAGCUGCCGGAGGAGGGCUUCAAGGAGGUGGACAUAAAGAAAGUGAUGCAAAACUAUGCCAUUGACAUUAUAGCCUCGACUAUCUUUGGCUUGGAUGUAAAUAGCUUCGAAAAUCCUGAUAACAAGUUCCGUAAACUGGUGUCGUUGGCCAGAGCCAAUAAUAGAUUCAAUGCCAUGUUCGGCAUGAUGAUCUUCCUGGUGCCCUCGAUAGCACAGUUCCUAUUCAGAAUAGGUUUUAAAAAUCCAGUUGGCCUGGCCAUGUUGCAGAUUGUCAAGGAAACCGUUGAGUAUCGCGAGAAACAUGGAAUAGUGCGCAAGGAUCUGUUGCAGUUGCUCAUUCAGCUGAGGAAUACCGGCAAGAUAGACGAGAAUGACGAGAAGUCCUUUAGCAUUCAGAAGACACCCGAUGGUCAUAUUAAAACCAUAUCCUUGGAGGCCAUCACCGCUCAGGCUUUUAUAUUCUACAUCGCUGGUCAGGAGACCACCGGAUCGACUGCAGCCUUUACCAUCUACGAGCUGGCUCAGUAUCCAGAGCUACUGAAGCGCCUGCAGGAUGAAGUGGACGAGACACUGGCCAAAAACGACGGAAAGAUCACCUACGAUUCCCUGAACAAGAUGGAAUUUUUGGACCUGUGUGUGCAGGAAACCAUUCGCAAAUAUCCGGGUCUUCCCAUUCUGAAUCGUGAAUGCACCCAGGACUACACAGUACCCGACACCAACCACGUCAUUCCGAAGGGAACGCCAGUUGUGAUCUCCCUGUACGGCAUUCACCAUGAUGCAGAGUACUUCCCGGAUCCCGAGACCUAUGAUCCCGAACGCUUCUCGGAGGAGAGUCGCAAUUAUAAUCCCACUGCAUUCAUGCCGUUUGGCGAGGGUCCCAGGAUUUGCAUUGCCCAGAGGAUGGGUCGUAUUAACUCCAAACUGGCCAUCAUCAAGAUCCUACAGAACUUCAAUGUCGAGGUGAUGAGCAGGAGCGAAAUAGAGUUCGAGAACAGUGGCAUUGCCUUGAUUCCCAAACAUGGAGUGCGAGUGCGUUUGUCCAAAAGAGUGCCUAAAUUAUCAUAAAAAUUACAAUUGCAAUGAUGAAAUACAAUAGUUAAGUGGCUAGCAAAUCACUCCGAUUAUUUGGAAUGAUAAGAGAUUACCGUCAGAUAAAAAACAAAAAGUGUACAAUAAAUUCAUUAUCAAAUCAUUAAUUAAUAUUUAAAUUCGAAAAUAACUUUUAUGAAUUAACAUAGUUUCUUGUUAUAAUAAUGUUACUUUUAACUCGCUCUCUAUUUAUAGGUAUUAUGUAAAUUAUAAAGUUGAAAUG